AUGCGCAACCCCAUCACUCUAAUCGUCGCCACAACGCCCAUCAAACCCUCCCCGCAAGGGGAGACACUCCUCGGAAUAGGAAAGAACGGGACGCUCCCCUGGCCACGCAUAAAAUCCGACAUGAACUUUUUUGCGCGCGUCUCAACGCGUCUUCCCACUGGUACAGAGACAACGGGGGCAGGGGCAUUGAAUGCGAUUGUCAUGGGUCGGAAGACGUAUUACUCGCUACCGAAGAGUCUGCGGCCGCUAAAGGAUCGCUUGAAUGUGGUCAUUACGCGGGAUACGGUGGGUGGUGUGAGGGAGGAGAUUGAGGGGGAUUUGGAGAGGCAGAGAGAAAAGGAUGCGGAGAAAGAACGGGGUGGUCGGACGAGGCGUGGUGCGGUCGUAGCGAAUAGUUUGGAUGAUGCGCUUGCUACGCUCGCGCGGAGGGCGGAUGUAGGUAGUGUUUUUGUGAUUGGGGGAGGGGAGAUAUAUGCCUCUGCUCUGAGAUUGUCAGCGGAGCAGGGAGCAUUUGGAGAGAAGUUGAGGAUUUUGAUGACGAGGGUUAAGAAAGGGCCGGAGUCUGGGGAGGGUGGGUUUGAUUGUGACACGUUUUUCCCGCUUACGGAUGACGAUUUGAGUAAUGAUAAUAAAUGGCGAGAGGCGAGCGCUGCUGAAGUAUCACAAUGGGUUGGGGAGGAGGUUUCUUCGGAGUGGUUAGAGGACAGUGAGGUCUCUAUUAGGGUGGUUGGUUAUGAAAGACAGUCUUGA